UCCUGGCGGCGAGGGCGGACGUUUCUGGCCUUCAGAAUUACAGGAAAAAGCGUUACUUGGGCUGAGCCGGGCAACUUCCUAUUUUGUACGCCCAUUCGCGUUCUCGGAGGGGCAGAGGCGCCUGCUAAACCAAACGCCCGUUCUGCAGGUGAGCAUUUCUUGCCUGUAGUUACUGAGAAGGAAAUGUUCAACUCUUUGAUUUGGAUGUUCGUCCUGCUCUGCAGCUCUGUAGCAGAUGAAAACUCUAUCAGAGAUGCUGACAUUUUUCCUUCAUCUACUGAAAUUGAAAGAGGAUCCCCUCUGAAACGAUUUUGUGUUCUUGGAAAACGCCACCUGCCUCACAGAAACGCAAGCCACAUCAUCUGGAAAUUGAAUGAUGAAUUGAUUGCUCCAGAAAACUAUAACAUCGUGAAUGAGACUGUAUCUAGUAUAACCAUUCCUAAUUUCACUUACAGCAGAGCUUAUCUGAAAUGUUUCAUGAAGUACUUGGACAAGGAACAGCUUCUGGUUCACACAGAAGUUAAAUCUGGCUUUCCUCCAGACACUCCAGGAAAUAUUUCCUGCAUUUAUUACUUUGAUGCUAAUCUUACCUGUACCUGGAAUUCAGGAAGAGAAACAAGUUUAGCAAGAAACUAUACUCUUUACCGAAAACUGGCGAUUAAUCCAAAUAUUACAGACAGCACCUGCGAGAGUAAAAGAGAGUCAUGUUCAUUUCAUCAUCCAGAUACUCCAUAUGGUAGUUCUUUUUGUUUUCAGGUGAAAGCUGAAAAUGUUUUGGGUGAAGCCUUGUCGAAGUGUGUUCCUAUAGCUAUGGGAAAAAUAGAGAAAUUUGACCCUCCUGAAAUACUUUUAGUUAAAACGAUCACUGGUAUAAAGCAGUUACUUACAGUAAUCUGGAAAAUGCCUGAAAAGAUUGUCGCUUCACAAGGUUUAACUUGCCAGGUUCAAUACAGAAACUUGUAUUCCAACUCUACAAAAUGUGUCACUGUCUCAAUGAAUUCUGCAGAGAAAAUAGGAUCACUUAAUCUCACAGGUCUAUGGGACUCCACAGAAUAUUCUGUUGCCAUUCGGUGUAUCAGUAAUGAAUCAAUAUUUUGGAGUGAAUGGAGUGGAGAGAAAAAUGGAAGCACAGAAGAGAUAGCUCCUUCAGAAAAAGUGGAUUUGUGGAGAGUAAUUGAGUCUUCACACUCACCUGGAAGUAGAUCUGUGCAUCUUAUGUGGAAGCCAUUAAAUAGCUUCCCACCUCCUGGAAAAAUUCUAGGCUACAAAAUACAGUAUUUUCCAGAAAACAAGACUGCGCUUAAAAUGAUAAAAAACUCUACUGACAAGAAAAUCACUUUACUUUUAAAUGAAGAGGCAUAUGUAGUAUCUGUUACUGCCUAUAACUCUGCUGGAAAUUCUCCUGAAGCUGUUAUGAGGAUUCCAUCCACAGAUGAAAAAACUGCUCAGAUUAUUGAAACAGUGAAUACCCCUCCAUCAAAUGAAGAAGUGAUUGUGGAAUGGGUAACCUCUAAACCAAAAGCAACAGAAUAUGUAAUUGAGUGGUAUGAGGACUUGGAGAUGGAUCCUUUUGCUAGGUCGUGGCAAUAUGUGUUGAAUUCUACAACCUGGAAAACUAACAAAAAAAACUUUAAACCAUUUGUAUGCUAUAACAUCUCAGUGUAUCCUCUUUAUGGAAAUAAAGUAGCAGCUCCAUAUACCAUACAAACUCAUGUUCAAGAAAGAAAACCAUCAGAAGGACCUGUGGCUGACACAGGCAUGCUGGGAAAAAAUGAAGUUACUAUAAAAUGGAAUGAGAUUUCAAAGGAUAAAAGAAAUGGAUGUAUCACUAACUAUACAAUAUUUUAUAAACCUGAGGAUGGAAAAGAAUUGAAUGAAACAGUGAACUCUGAUGUUCUACAAUACAGACUGAAGUCGUUACAGAGUAAUACACAGUAUACUGUCUAUAUCAUGGCAAGCAAUCGAGCUGGUGGAACCACUGGAGAGCCAAAGACCUUCAAAACUUUGAAACUGGAUAAAGAAGAUGUUGUUUUCAUUGCUCUACUUGUUGGAAUAAGCAUGUUCUGCCUGUUAGGCCUUUGGGUAACAUGUGUUUUGAAAAAACACACGUUUAAGAAAGUUUGCUGGCCUGAUAUACCAAAUCCCGCAGAGAGCAUUGCAGUGGAAUGGCCUCUUGCUGCAUCGAUGAAUAAUUCACUUUUGAAGAGAUUGGCAUCUGAGGCUAAAACUUUAGACUUUGAAGACAUAAGUGUUUUGGAAAAUUGUUUUCCUGAAGAAAGUCAGGAAGGAUCACUACUAGUGAAUUGUGAAAACCAUGUUUCUGAAUGUGUUGAUAUUAAUGCAGAAGACAUGAUCAAUGGAGAUAAAAAGACACUGUAUAAACAAGAAAAUGAAGCCGCUAAAUGCUUUUCGCCAUCCAUGCCUUAUGUAAUCACUGAUCAAUUUACCAGAAGCCAAAUGAAGUCAACUUUGAUACCAGUGAAGGAAAUCCAACCCAUAGAAAUGCUGGCAAAUGAUUUGUGUGGAUCCCAACAGAAUUCAGUCAAAAACGAAGAAAAUGAUGAUGAAGUUUUAAAGCUGGAAAAUUUCAGUGAGAAAACACUGUUCAAUCCAUACCUUAAAAAUUCUGUUAAAACAAGGGAAUUUCUGUUUUCUGAGAGCUUACCAGAGCACAGUAUGCAUGAACACAAAAGCCAGUCAAGUGUCUUACUUCCUUUUCAACAAAAUGUAGCAGGACAACCCUACAUAACACUGGACACGUUUGAGCUGGCCACAGCUCAGUAGCGUGAGAAGAUUUUCCGUUGUAAAAUCCCCCCGUGAAAAACCUCUUGGCACUGCUGCUCAUGUGCAUUCCUAUGUUUCAACCUGUCUGAUCUCCCUUAAUUUGGAUGGAAACACCCUCUUCCUUCAAACAGCUGUGAAAUUAUUUUUUGCACUGUGUUUAUACAUGUCAGGGUUCACUUUUGGUGUGGGUGGGUUUGUUUUUGGGUGUUUGAGGGGUGUUGUUUUGAUUUGUUUGUUUGUGGAUUUUUACCAGACAUGCCAGUACUGAGGCAAAAGAAAUAGCUUUUGUUGUUUCUUCUUAGUUCUCCCAUAAUCAGCCUACUAAAACAAACUUGUGUUUGCUGUGACAGCAUCCAGCAAUGCAAACAGCUCAUCGAUUUCCCCCCAGGUAGGCAGUUCCCAAGGCUCAGCUCUGCUGGGGAAACAUGGACUGACUUGAACAGAGCCAGAAUCUGAUGACAUCUUCCUUCAGUUACAUGAAGUAAAACUACUGCCCUGUUCUUACUGUCCUUGAUUGUUUUAUAUAUGGUUUUAUGUAUAGUCUUCCUUUUGUAUCACAAAUGCCUUGUAGAUUUGAGUAGUUGUCUUUUUGUAUCUUGAGUCUUGAAUCAAUGGUUUGGUUUAUAGUUUCUUUGUCUUUAAUGAGAGUAUAUUUGUAUGUUAUCUGCAUUUGAAAAAGACAGGUUUAUGCUGUCUAUGUAGCUCCUUUCUCUCAUGUUUUUAGUCAUUCUCUGCAUUUUGUGCUGCUUUUGUCUCUCCUGUUUGUUUCCUGAUUUUAAAUACUAUUUACUGAAGCAUAACUUCUUAUCUCCUUAUUCCUUGGCCUCUAAUUCGUCACAGUUUAAAUAUUCUGUGUUCCUCAGCUGAGCAGUUGAGAUUUUGAUAUUUUGAACUAAAAAAAAAAAAAAACCCAAGGCAUAUUCUGUUGGAAUAAGCAGUAAGUUAGGAAGUUAUUUUUCUGGGAGGUAAUGAAAAAAAACACUAAGUUUAAAAAUAUUGCUAUAUAUCCUCUGGUAGCUGAUUUAGGUUAGGUAUUUCUACAUGAAGGCUAUAACUUUUGUAAUUUGUUUUAUGAUUUUGAUGAAUCAUAAAACUGCUUGUGUUUUCCAUUUUACAAAACGACAAUUAAGCAGGAAACACUCAAUCACACCUUUUUUUUUUUUUUUUUUUUUUCAGGAAAUUGGCCAUUACUGUAAAAUUCUUACUGAAAUAUUUACUCUGUUAAAUAACAGGUUGAAAAGGAUGAAGAGUCUAAAGAAUUUGAUCUUCAUUAUGACACAUGUGACUUAUGGUCACUUUAAGACUUUAAUGUAAUUUUACAGUACUUAAAGGCUUGAUGUCAUCAGUCUUGUUUGCACAUAACUACAGACUUCUCUUGGGAUAAAAAAAGAUAGAGGAGUUAUGGGGAUAGAAAAACAAAAAACAAAUGUGAAUAGGAACAGAAAGUCUUUCUUUUCUGUGAAGGAAGAGAAGUGGGAGAAUGGAAAAUAUAUUGUCCAGCAUGAAUGAGAAGACUGAGCCUUUCUCUGGAUGUAUGGGCUAUUACUUGCAUUGUGUUGGGGAAGACAGGGUAAAGUUUGCAUUCAGGAUUUUCAUCUACAGUUUGGAAGUUGCUUUUCAUUACAAUGAUAUUUGUAGUUUUCAAGGAAGGAUAAGAAAACCAGUUUCUGCAAAUAUUCCUUGGUCAGCAUCACAGAUUUCCAUCUCUCAUAUUUGUUGGGUCGCUGACUCAAUCACAGAAUUUUUUUUCACUUAAAUCUCAGUAUUUGUUUUAAUAUCACAAGAUAUAAAAAUAAAGAGAUGCAGAGGUAUUUUGGGGCUGUCUAGGAAUUUUUUAGCAGCCAUAUGAAAGUUGCAUACUCUGUGUUGAGAUCGAGACAGGUAAAAAUUAAAAAUAAUCCAGUCUGUAAUAUCUCUUAGCUUUUGGAGGCUAAGUAUAAUCUCAUUUUCUGUCCCAUUAUAUUUCCUUCUCUACUGAUAUUCUGAUUUUCUGUCCUCAUUUUUCUCUUUUCCUUGCCCAUUGUUUUCUCUGAAAAAGCAAAAUGCAAGUAACUGGGCUCAGUACAUUCCAGAAAUUAAGGCUGCAUUUUGCACAUGCUUUGAAAUGCCAGCUUCUUGUAAUGGGUUUGUUUUGCAUUGGGAAUUGUACUCCUGAGCUUUUACAAUUUGUCUUUCAAACUAAUACUGUGACUCAUUAAAAAAAUAAAAUUGAGAGAACACAGAAAAGUUUUUUAUUGAUUUAUACUAAAUACACCAUUUAGACAUUUUAGAUUUUCAUGUUCAUUUAGAAAUGUGUUCCUAGUUUGAGAGGGAUUUACAAUAGUACACCUGCUGUAGACGGACUGGCAAGGCAUCUGACCUAGCUGGUGCUAUUUAGUGUUUAUCUUCCCAAAAGAUGUAUUUCAUUACAGAUAACGUGGUUUUCUCUUCCUGUUCCUGAAACAUUGAUUUAUAAUAAAUAACCCAGCUAGCAUGGGUUUAGGAAAGGCAGGUCCUGCUUGACCAACCUGAUCACCUUCUAUGAUAGGGUGAAACAUUUGGUGGAUAAUGAAAAGGCUGUAGGUGUCUGUUGUUUUGUAAAGCUUUUGGCAGUGUUUCCCAUGGCAUUCUGCUGAAGAAACUGGCAGCCCAUGGCUUGUACAGGUGCACUCUUCCCUGGGUAAAAACUGGCUGGCCAGACAGGCUCAGAGAGUGGUGGUGAAUGGAAUUACAUCCAAAUGGCAACUGGUCACUAGUCAUGUUCCCCAGGGAUCAGUAUUGGGACCAGUCUUAUUUAAUGUUUUUAUUAAUGAUCUGGACAAAGGGAUUGAGUGCACCCUCAGUCAGUUUGCUGAUGACACCAAGCUGGGUGGGGAUAUUCAUCUGCUGAAGAACAGGAAGCCUAUGAAGAAGGAGCUAAGCAAGUAAGAUUA